AUGCGCACGGAAUUCCUGACUACGAGCAGCACUCCAUCGUCGUCAAGAACGAGGUAUACUCUUACCAAGAAGCAGAUUUUGGGUACUACGUGGGGGGAUUCUGAGUUCCAGGAUGUGUGGUACAUGCCCUUAGCGGGAGAUCCAGAGGAUGAAGACCGUGUCUCUCACCGGGAAUCUGAGGUUGAAGAUGUUGUUGGCCGUCAGACGUUUUUAUACAUCCCUCUCACCAAAGUAUUCAAGGUCCUGCCACCCAAUCUGUUUGGAGACUGUUCCACAUCUUUCAUCUCUAUAGGUUGGGAUGAUUCUCACUUCAGGGUGGCUUUAGUCCACUCGUCAAAGGAAGAUUUUGGACCAAGGAAACUGAAAGCCAUCGAAAUAUACAGCCUAAGAACAUGGAUGGAAAUUGGAGUGUCCUGUGGGGGGAUUGUAGUCAAGUCUGAUUUUUUCUUUUACAGGAGGGGGGAGGUUUACUUUGUCACCAAGGUUGGUGGCUGCUGGUGUCUAAUGGUAAUUGAUGCUUAUGGGGGAGCUCAGAGGCAAAUUUCCCUCCCAGUUACAGACAUUGAUGACAUACAAUUUGAGGUGGCUGAGUUAGGUAAAGGUGGUGGUCUGUUGUCUAUCCUAUAUCAGUAUGGAGAUCAAAGGGAGUUUUGGAUUUUAAAAGAUCUUGCAAAUGAACUUGAGUUGGACAAAGGUAGUGGAAUCCCUGAUUCUUUCUCCAGGAUCCAAGUCCCUGGAAGUUGCUUUUCUGUUAUCCAAGGCCACAUUCUGGUCUAUAGGGACCCGGAGACUAAACAGUCUGCCAUGACCCUGUCGGUUGAGUCCGGGAAUAUUGACGCUAUUCAGGUUCUAAUUGAGGCUGGUUAUGUACUUGAUUGCUCUGUUGAUUUGUUCUUACACGACGCCGCGGCCAUGGAACGCCUUGAUUUGUUGGAAAUUCUGUGCUUGGGAUAUCCGGAUUUGGAUUUGGAUUUUCACCUGGCUGCAAUCCAGGGGAAUCUUUCAGUGAUCCGGUUUUUAGUAUCAUCGGGAACUGAUCCUGAUGUUCUGGAUUGCAGAAGAUGGACACCUCUUCAUUAUGCAACAGAAGAAGGGCAUGUUCAAGUUGUUGAGUACCUUCUGAAUCAGUCAAUUUCAGCCAAGUAUACCAGAGCCAGAGAUGGAAAGACUGCGUAUGAUAUAGCCCUUGAAGAGGGUCAUUCUCAGUUGUACCAUAUAUUAUAUUCGGGAGAUGUUUUGCAUUCGGCUGCAAGAAGAGGCGAUAUUGAAUCUAUUCAGGCCUGUUUGGCAGAAUCAGGCGGGGUGGCUAACGUGGAUUUGAAUUCGAGGGAUCAAAAUGGUUGGACUCCUUUGCAUAGAGCUGCUUUUAAAGGAAAAAUUGAGUGUGAAAAUGCUUGUCAGCCAUGGAGCUCAGCUUGA